AUGUCAAGUUUUGAUCCAUACGCACACUACGGCUUGAGUUACAACCCCGACGGAAGCAUGCACCGCGCCUUUCAAAAACUCCAAACCAAGGCGAACCCCGAGCCUUCGCCCGGGGUUUCAACGGUGUCCAAAGACAUAACCAUUAACGAUGAAACCAAAUUGUGGGUUCGUAUUUUCCGGCCGACAAAGCUUCCAUCAAACGACACAAUGGUUGCGCGUAUACCGAUAAUAAUCUAUUUUCAUAGUGGUGGCUGGGUAGUCUUUAGCCCUUCCGAUUCAGACGUCCAUAAAAAAUGUUCCAACAUAUCUUCUGACAUCCCUAGUAUUGUUGUCUCCGUCGCGUAUCGUCUCGCGCCAGAGAGUAGGCUUCCCGGACAAUAUCAUGAUGCCUGGGAAGCUAUAUUGUGGGUGAAAAAUCAAAUUACACAUGAUGGCGGUGAGCAGUGGCUGAGAGACUACGGCGAUCCUUCGAGAUGUUAUCUUUAUGGAUGUGACUCUGGUGGGAACAUUGUGUUCAAUACAGCCAUGCACAUUGAGAAAAUGGACUUGGAGCCUCUCAUGAUUUGUGGCUUUGUUAUGAACCAACCUAUGUUUUCUGGGGAGAAAAGGACAGCCUCAGAAUUAAGGUUUGCGACGGACCAGACACUGCCCUUACCGGUGUUGGACAUGAUGUGGGAUUUAGCUUUGCCUAAAGAGACAGAUCGUGACCAUAGAUAUAGCAAUCCUAUGGCGAAAGGGCCACAUUUGGAAAAUGUGAAGAAAAUAGGAAGGUGUCUUGUUAUUGGUUAUGGUGGAGAUAUCAUGCUUGAUCGACAACAAGAAUUUGUGACUAUGUUGGUCAGAUGUGGGGUACAGGUUGAAGCUCGGUUUGAUCCUGUUGGGUUUCAUAAUAUUGAUAUGGUGGAUCCUGGUAGGGCUAGUGCGGUUAUGAGUAUUGUAAAGGAGUUUAUAUAUUGA